AUCCAACAACCAGAUCAGCCAAGCAAGGCAAGGCGCAGCAGCAACAACAGGGGAGCUUGCUUACCUGGUCCCCAAUCCCCAUUCCCAUCUCCUCCCGGCCGCCUGCCUCUUCCCUUCUUCCUUCAACAAUCCUUCACCAACUCCAUCCCGUGAUCCAUGGCGGCGGCCAAGUCCAUCGACCGGCUGCCGGCGCGCCUGGUGGUUCCGGCCGAGCCGACGCCAGCCGGCCCGCUCCACCUCUCCUGGCUCGACCGGUACCCCACGCAGAUGGCGCUCAUCGAGUCGCUGCACGUCUUCAAGGCGGCCCCCGCCACCGCUACCGGCGGCAUUGACGGCGGCGCCGCCGCCAGCCCGGCCAGGACCAUCGAGCGCGCGCUGGCCCGCGCAUUGGUCCACUACUACCCUCUCGCGGGCCGCCUGGUCCUGUCGGAGUCCGGCGCGCAGCAGGCGGUGGACUGCAGCAACGCCGGCGUGUGGUUCACGGAGGCCGAGGCCGCCUGCACCCUCGAGGACGUGGACUACCUGGAGGCCCCGCUGAUGAUCCCCAAGGACGACCUCCUCCCGCCCACCCCCGCCGCAGGCGACGAGGAGGACGAGCGCGCGCUCGUCCUGCUCGUCCAGGUCACCUCCUUCGCGUGCGGCGGAUUCGUCGUCGGCUUCCGCUUCAGCCACGCCGUCGCCGACGGCCCGGGCGCCGCGCAGUUCAUGAACGCGGUCGGGGAGCUGGCACGCGGCGCCGAAAACGCGUUGUCGGUGGUGCCGCAGUGGGGCCGCGACGCGAUCCCGGACCCCGCCGCCGCGCUGGUCGGGCGCCUCCCGACUCCCGACGCCGACAGCAAGCGGCUCGAGUACCUCGCCAUCGACAUCUCCGCCGACUACAUCAACCACUUCAAGGCGCAGUACAGCGCGGCGCACGCGGGCGCCGCGUGGUGCUCCGCGUUCGAGGUGCUCAUCGCCAAGGCGUGGCAGAGCCGCACCCGCGCGGCCGGGUUCGACCCGGACUCCCCCGUCCACCUCUGCUUCGCCAUGAACGCGCGGCCCAUGCUGCACGCCUCGCUCCCGCGUGGCGGCGCCGGGUUCUACGGCAACUGCUACUACAUCAUGCGCGUGUCGGCGCCCGCGGGGAAAGUGGCCGGGUCCUCGGUCACGGAGGUGGUGAAGAUCAUCAAGGACGGGAAGCGGCGGAUGCCCGCGGAGUUCGCGCGGUGGGCGGCGGGGGAGGUGGGCGCCGCCGGCGUCGACCCGUACCAGAUCACGUCCGACUACCGGACCCUGCUGGUGUCCGACUGGACGCGCCUCGGCUUCGCGGAGGUGGACUACGGGUGGGGCCCGCCGGCCCACGUCGUGCCACUGACGAACCUGGACUACAUCGCCACGUGUAUCUUGGUGAAGCCGUGGGCCCACAAGCCAGGGGCGCGGCUCAUCACGCAGUGCGUCACCCCGGACCGCGUCGCCGCCUUCCACGAGGGCAUGCUCGACACCAGCUGUUGAACAGGUCUGUCGGUCUGUGUGUGUUGGAAUGGAUGAGAAGUACGUACAGCCCAAGGCGUUAAUGGAUUAAGGUUAAUGGAGUGAUUAGGUGGUGGUAGUACUAUGUGGGGAUUGGUAUUGGAUUAGCUAACUGAUGAUGGGUGGGGUUGAAGAGUGUGGAUGCAUUGGUUGGUGGUGAUGUGUGUGUUACCUGCUGAAUAACUCUUCAGACUCCUCAAUUCAGGGAGUUUGGGGAAACUGAGCUGUAUUGCAUCUGGUGGGGGGAAGCCGCCACCUACUUACACCAUUAUUACAUUACACUAUUCAUCUCCGAAAACAAAACAAUUAUGCACAAGAGCUGCUGACAGCUGUUAUUAUCC